AGCUCGACCUCACUGGUCCGCUCUCGCUGCUGUUCCGCCUUAUCUCGUUUUCUUCUUCUUCGUCUUCUAUCUUCUUUGCCACAUAAUCUUCGGGUGCGCAAAAGGUGCAAUGGCGGUGGCCACGGCGACCGCGGUGUCACUCCCCGGCUCCGCCACCAUGACUCAGCUUUCCUGUGAACCCUCGCAUGUGGAAGUGAACUUCCCUCGAUUUCAAGUCCCUCGCACACCCUUUCUUCAGACUAGGUGCCUGUGGAAGAUGGACACGUUCCGUAGCUCCAAUUCCAAGCAGACGCACCACAAGAUUCCUUUCGCGUAUGGCAAAGAGAACGUGAAUGAAGAUACUGAUGACAUGUUCGAUGAGUUGUUCAAUAAGUACGGAAAAGUGGUGUUCAGGAGAAAUGACAAAAGACCUCCUAGUGUUGAAGUAGAUGAUGAUGCAGAAAGUUUAUCAUUUGCAGUGGCAAUGGCUAAGGUUGCAAGUGAGGUGAAAGCUGCAGACAUAAAAGUCCUCUUCGUGAAGCCUCUUGUGUACUGGACCCGCUUUUUCAUCAUUGCCACAGCAUUUUCCCGUCCUCAGAUUGAUGCCAUUGGGUCAAGAAUAAGAGACCUGGCGGAGAAGAAGUAUGGGAAAGUUCCAUCUGGGGACUCAAAACCUAACUCAUGGACACUUCUGGAUUUUGGUGACGUGGUUAUCCACAUAUUCCUUCCCCAACAGAGAGAAUUCUACAACUUGGAAGAGUUCUAUGCUAAUGCAACUCCAAUUGAGUUGCCUUUCGAAAACCAACCACCAUUCCGUCCUUGAGAGAGGCAUCGACUCCUUGUUUGAAGAUAAUGCAAUGCAUCGGUCAACUUCACGCAGGCCGCAUUAACUUUGCUUCUUGUUGUCCUGCGGAGUCAACCCCUCUGACAUGCUUAAGGGCUGAAAGUUUAUCAUGGUUCUUCAGGCAAAACCUUCCAGCUGAGAUGGUCUGCAAACAUUCGAAACAUGAUUAAGCCAACGGGGAUCGCGGAGGAACUGGUCUAGGUUUCAUUUUGGAUCUGCAGAUUUUGCAAUCAAUAUCCUGCUGUUUUUUACUACUUGAGGGUCAGCAAGGUUUGUAAGUGAUGAUCAUCCCCAACAGUCUCGAAUUGGAUAUGCUUAUAUGACGCAAUUGUGGUAGCCUAGUAGGCAGUAUCUUGUACUCCACAGUUGCCUUUCG